CUCUGCGGAGAUGGUGUGCGGCCUGCAGUAUCUUCACUCUCGUGGAAUUAUCCAUUGUGAUCUCAAGCCCGACAACAUUCUGAUAAGCAGCGAGGGUCACAUCAAGAUUGCAGACUUCGGCCUGGCAGUGGAACAUGUCUUUGGCCACGACACAACCUGCGGCUAUAGAGGAACACCUAAGUACAUGGCUCCAGAGGUGCUAGCAGACCAGCGAUAUAAUGCGGCGGUGGACUGGUGGGCAUUUGGCAUUAUUCUGUGCCAAAUGGCCACUGGGUGGUACCCAUUUGAUGACAAACACGGGGAUGCGGCAUUGAGACACUCCAUCCUUGAGGAUAAGGCCAAAGUUCCAACCUGGACUCCCUCCAAAUUAGUCAUUCUCCUUCGAAAGCUCCUGAGGAAGAAGGCUUGCAGCCGUUAUGGUGUCAAAGGAAACAUCAGGCAAUGCCUCUUUUUUGAUUCCAUUGACUGGGAAGCACUGGAAAACGGGAGACUGCCACCCCCAUUCCAGCUAGAAGCUUUGCAGCAACCGGCUGUGAAUAAUGAAGGGCGUCAAAUGAACAACUUGUUAUUUUUGAACAACAGUGUCCCAACAGGAGUUAAGAUCAUUGAAGGGUUUUCCUAUCAGAGUCCCAGCUGGCAGGAGUGACCCACAAUAUCGCACAAUAUCAUUUUUUGCAUCCACAGUGUACCAUCAAAUGUCACCAUCAAAUGUCUAUCAACAUCAUUUGA